AUGUACACGAACCGAAACGAAAAACGUCCAAUCCCUCUUCACAGACGGCCCAGGAUGAGAAACGGCAGUAUCAGCUGCGGCGCACCGCAGGUGGUGUGCCCCGGCAGCAGAUCUUGUGAGACGGUUCGAGAUAAAGGCUGCCGCUGCUCUCCCUCUUUCCUGCGUCUCCAAAACAAGACUCGAUCAGAUUCUCCAAGUUGCCAUACAGUGAAAAACCCAUUUCUGUUCCUCUCUCUUUUUCCCAGACAUGCACGCGCGUUCAUCUCAGGGAGCUCCGCUUGUCAGGAGGGGGUCCUGCGUUUCGGCAACAUAGCGGAUCCACAGCCUCUUGCCGUACGUACAGCGCCGCCAAGUAAUGGACUGUGUGCUCAGUUUCUUGUUCGUUCUUUUCUCGCCAUGCUUUUCUUUCUGGCUCGUCUCCAACUCUCAGAGAGCUCGAUCCUCUCUCCCCCUUCUCCGGUCGUCUCUGUCCAGACACUGGGAGUUCUCCCUUUGUCGGUCUUUCUUCUUGUUUCCCUUCCUUCUUCGUCACCUGCCUUGUCUCGGCCUCUCAUCGCGGAAGCCGUCUCCCUUCCCUUCGAGAACGGUCACUUCCAACCGAGUGCAGCGGCUCUCACUCGCCUGUCUCUCUGGACCCCGAAAACAGGUCCAACAGCUUCUUCCUCGCCUUCUGACUUCCAAUACAGGCCUUCCCCAGUUCCGUCUGCUCUCUUGUCUCGUCAAGCAUCCGUCGCGUCUCACGGAGACUUCUCUACACUGUCUGAAGACGCUUCUUUCUCUUCUUCCUCUGUCUGCUCGUCUCCUUCCCCUUCGUGUCUCUCGCCUGCCCAUAUUUGUGUAAAGGGCCGCAGCACCCCAGCUCUGGUGAAAGACGCCAACCUCCUCCGCCGGCUCCGAAGCUCUCUCUCUAUCUCGCCACCGCUUCCCUUCUCCGUGCCAGACUUUUCUCUUUCUACAAGUUCUGCCCCAUCGCCCCCCGUCCGGUCUCCUGUCGCAUUUGUGUCCCCUUCGGCUUCUCACUCGGCAGCUGCCUUCUUCACAGAUCUCCCUAGGCCUAGGCAGACCUUCUCUGUCUCUUCGACCGUCUGGCCGUCUCCUUCUUCUCCGGUCGCACUUUCGUUGUCUCCUUUGUCUCCUCUCUCGCAUUUGCGUGCUUCCGCGUCUUCCGAGGCUCCGCCGGCUUGGCUGCCGUAUGGCCUGCCGGAGCGUCUCCCCGGGUCCCUGGGGAGAAGCACGAGUGCAGAGGCUUUCCAGAAAGCCAAGGAAUACUUCCAACGCUUGCUGGAAAAAGGUGACCUGACUCCUGCCUGGGACGAAAGACCAACAGAGCAAGAGGGCGGCGGGCGCACAGCAGCAGAAAAUGCCUCGCCACGCCUAACAGAACAACACAGACGCGUCUUUUCAGAAUUUGCCGAAAUCUACGCUCGAGAGGCUGUGAAAUCAGGACUCUUGACGGCCCAGGAAUACAUCGAUAUUUUCGCAAGCAUUUGGCAGCUGGCUUGGAAAUACGCAGGUUACUCGUUCAAGCCCUACCACCAAGCGCUUCGGAGUCCAUUCGAUUUCGCAGAAUGGUCCAAGAAGGUCUGGCGGCCGCUUGUGUCGUUGCCGAUGAGCAAAAUUGUCGUUCCCUCCCCCUCGGCUUCCCCAGCCUUCGCUUCGCCUCUAGGCCGGAUCAACGAGCGUCUUGCAGCUGGAGAGAAUGUCGUUUUCCUCUCGAAUCACCAAACCGAGCCCGACCCUCAAGUCAUUAAACUCGUCCUUGACCACCUCGGGGAGACUGCCCUCGCAAACAAAAUGGUCUUUGUCGCGGGACACAAAGUGCGGGAAGACCGUCUGUCGACGCCUUUCUCCUUGGCAUGCAACCUGCUGUGUGUGCACUCCAAGAAGCACCUGACCCACCCAGAACUGUCAGCGGAGGAGAAGCACGAGAAGCAGUGCGAAAACCUCGCGGCCAUGGCAGCCCUUCAGCAGCUUCUGGAAGAAGGCGGGAGUGUGAUUUGGGUCGCCCCGAGCGGCGGCCGAGACCGGCAAGACGACAACGGUGUGUUCAGCCAACCGGAUCCGUUCGACGUGAAGACCGUCCAGAUGUUUAGAUUGCUUGCGAAGAAAAUUCGACACGGGUCCCGCGGAACGCUUACACACUUCUACCCCAUGGCGCUGUUCACAGCGCUGAUCUGUCCUCCUCCUAAGCAGGUGGAGGCAUCUUUGGGAGAGGCACGAUCGUGUGCUUUCAGUCCCGUUGGCGUUGCAGUGGGUGAAUCGAUCGCCGACAGCGACGAUCAGAGCCACGAGGAAUUUGCGCGGAAAGCCGAGGCUGAGACGAAGCGACUGUACAAACUGAUCACUGCGCAUUUCGAAUAA